GCCUGCGCUAUUGUUUCAGUGAUCCCCCAGCCAUCUCCAGUGUCCAAACACGACGGCCUUGUUGUUGACUUUAAGCAACAUAAUUCUUCUUGAUCUCCAUAUCGUCUAGACUCCGUCUCUCUUUCUUUUUAGCAAUCAUGAAGUAUCAUUCCUUGGUGGCCGCCUUGGCCGCCACUUUUACCGCCGUUGCAGCGCUCUCCAUCGACACUCGCUCUCAGCAACAAAUCCCUCUUGAUGGCAAACAACCCAUCGCACAGGAGCAAUACUUGAUCGAGCUAAGUCCUGGAGAGACAAGAUGGGUGGUAGAGGAGGAGAAAUGGGAGUUGAAGAGGAACGGGAUCAAAUUCAUGGACAUCACUGAGAGCGGACACACCUAUCCUUACGUCCUGUCUUCCGAGAGUGAGACGUCUCGAGUCACCUACCCAUCUAAAGCACAGUACAACAAAACCGUCAAGUCUCUUGCGACAGGGUUGGACAAGGACAACAUGCGGAAGCACUUGGAGGGACUCACUUCGUUCCACACCCGCUAUUACAAAAGCCAGUACGGCAUUGACGCAGCUACAUGGCUAUAUGGGCAGAUUAACGACACCAUCGCGACCUCGGGCGCAUUCAAUUACAGCGCCAGCCUGACGAAAUUCGCUCAUCCGUGGGGACAAUUCAGUAUCAUUGCACGUUUCCCCGGCAAGACGAAUCACACUGUUGUGAUCGGGGCGCACUUGGACAGCAUCAACAUGUUCUUGCCUUCCAUCCUGGCGGCACCCGGAGCGGACGAUGAUGGCAGUGGUACUGUGACCAUUCUGGAGGCCCUGACCGCCUUGCUACAAGCCAAAGAGAUCGUCAAAGGCGAGGCUGAGAACACGGUCGAGUUCCAAUGGUACUCGGCGGAAGAGGGCGGCCUCCUCGGCAGUCAAGCAAUCUUCAAGUCGUAUCAUGAGAACGAUAUACCUGUCAAAGCCAUGAUUCAACAAGACAUGACGGGAUAUGUGGCCCGGACAUUGGCUGAGGGCAAGCCCGAGUCAGUGGGAGUCAUUACGGACUAUGUCAACGCAGACCUCACAGAGUUCAUCAAAGAACUGAUCACGACUUAUUGCGACAUCCCCUACACAUUGACCAAGUGCGGAUAUGCUUGUUCCGAUCACGCUUCGGCCAGCAAGUAUGGAUAUCCUUCAGCUUUCGUGAUCGAGUCGGACUUUGAAUACUCGGACAAGAAGAUCCAUACCAGCGACGACCUGAUCAAGUAUUUGAGCUUUGAUCACAUGUUGCAGCAUGCAAAGAUGACUCUUGGAUUCGCCUAUGAGGCUGCAUUUGCCAAGUUUUAGGAGGGCACAGCAUUCAUUGCGCUGGCGUUACAUUUUUAUAAGGUGUAUACAUAUAUCAGCACUACAUAAUGACACAGUCUGUUCGCUCUGUCA